AUGGAUGAAAAGCUACAGCUGCUAGGUUUCUUGCCGCUUGAUGAUGAUGCAUGCGUCUACACCAAAGGCUCGGGAAGCCAAAUAAGCAUCCUAAUAGUCCACGUGGAUGACUUCAUCAUUGCUGCACCAACGGAUGCCGAAGUGAGCAAUAUUGCUAAUGGUAUCAAGGGUUUCUUUCCCAUAAAGGACCUUGGUGAACCUGCCGUUUUCCUAGGCUACGCGCUCAGCCGGGAUUACGCCAAUGGCACUAUCACAAUGAGCCAGACAGCUUACGUGCAUGAAAUCUUGAAGAAGGCAGACAUUAGCAGUGACAGUGACUUGCUAGGAGUUGAGACCCCGAUUCUACCAUCCUAG